AUGGACAACUUUGGCCAGGAGCAGACCUUGCCUGUUCUGACUCGGUCGUCAGUUGCCGAUCCGACCCACCCGAACUACGUCUCCGCUCAGAGCUACAAUGGACAUCCAACAAUCGCGCACCCUGUGCCAGCUCCGCCAGCGACCUCUGCGCCUCCAAAACCCCCGACCACGGCCGCCCCAGCUACCUCGAGUCGCAAUGCAGCCUCGAAGGUCCGCAAGCCCCGCAAAACCGGCAAUGCCUCGGCGGGGAAAUCAACGCUGUUCUGGGUCAACAGCGAUGCGCAGACUGCGGCGGAAGGCACAAAAGAGGAGACCCUGAAAAGAAUCCGGUCUCAUGUCAUGUCCGAGCAUAACAGAAAGAAGCGCAUCGAGAGCACGAAACAAUACAACAAAAGCAAAUGGAAGCAAUCGCCGUAUGAACCGCCUAUCACGGAGACCCAGGCCCUCGUGCCGGCCGGGCCUGCCCCGUCGAUCAUCACCCCGCCCGCGAGCUUGGCCAACAGUCGAAUGUCCGAGGAACAAGAAUUGGACGUUGAAGAAAUCAUACCCACAUCCGCGGGGUAUGCCGAGGUGUCGGUUCCGUCUUGGGAUGGCAUGGGCUUCGACAGCAGCGUGGCUUACCCUAGACCAUCCGCGUGGUCUUAUAUCGGACAAGGGGCCAAUGAUCCCUUUAAUACCGGUCAUACACAGCUUACAGAUAGAAUGAUGCGACAUCUGCGAGUCUUCCUUUGGGAUCUUACUCAACAGGCACACCCAUUGCAGACCCGAUAUAAGCCGAAGCUGCAGGCGCACUGGGCGACGCUCAUUCAGCGCGACCCGGCAAUCUUACACGCGACAAUCUGCAUGGCAUCGUCCAAUGACGCUAUGCAGGCAGGGGAGCUGCCAAUUCGAGAUCCCAACCAGAAGCGCAGUCAAUUGGUGAUCGACACGUUUCACCAUCGUGGUGAGACCAUCCGAUUGGUCAACGAGGGCCUGUCAGAUCCAGUCAAGGCGUCCAGCGAUGUGUUGAUCGCUGCCGUGUCGACGCUGCUGACAAUUGAAGUAAUCAUUCGUGCUGGUGUUGACAUGACAUUGCAGAUCGCAUCAGGUAAUCCAGAUUACCUCAAAAUCCACUUGGCCGGACUGCGGCAGAUGAUCGCGCUGCGAAAGGGCUUCGAUGAUGUCCCUUCAGAUGUCCGGUUCCAAAUCUCAUGGACUGACAUCCGGGUCGCUUGCAUGGCACACGCAAAGCCCAUCUUCCCCUUUGUCCGCUGUAACCGCCCGCCACAGCUCUCCAUCAUCCCACCCAACGACGACGUAGCAUUGCUUUCCACCCGCCUCUUCCCCUUGCUCAAGAUACCCGGCAUCUUUGGCGAACCCAUGCAGCAAAUUGUAUAUGAUCUCCUCGAGCUAUCCUGGUACGCAGAAUGGAUCAAAGGUAAUACCGGAUACAGGGAGUUCAGCGACGAAACCGAGGAUUACUUCAACUCCGAGGUCCUGCAAGUAGAAUACCAGCUCCAUUCAGACCGAUACACAUCAACAGGCCAAGUAAAGGGCGAUAACUCAAUCGAGGGCUGCACCCGCCUUGCCCUCCUGCUGUUCCACAACAGCGCCAUUUGGAACUUCUACCCCAUGGUCGCCCAAUUACUCCCAAAACCCAUUCUGGCCCUGCGCGCAGCCCUCGAGGCCACCAUCCCCUCUGGGCUAUUCGCGCUGUGCCGUGACUUACUCUUCUGGCAGCUCUUCCUGGGCGCAGCUUGCAGCGCGACUCUGCCAUCAGAGCGAGUCUUCUUUGUAUCUGAGCUGGCUACUGCAGCCCGUCUGCAGGGCAUCACUUCGUGGCAGGAGGCACGGGUUGUCUUGCAGGGAUUCUUCUAUGUCGAUCGCAUUCAUCUGCCCAUGCUUCGUCAGAUCUGGGACGAGAGUCGAGUCCAAUUGGGCCACUCUCCCGUGUGA